UCGACAUAGCAGCUGGACUGUCAUCCGAUUACAAUCAAAAUAUCGUUCAGGACGUUACUUUCUCCAAUUCCAUUUUAGACAGAGGAAUGUACGGAUUACACAUUUUAGCAGUCAAUGAUGGAGGCCAAGGCAAAAUAGAUGACAUUAAAUACAACAAUAUUAAAAUAAACGGGCCGUCCGAUUACGGUGUGAUGAUCCAACAAGAUUUCUCCAACGCAAAGCAGGGAUCUACUGGAAAUCCCACAGGAAAUGUGCCGAUCAGCAAUGUCGAUAUUAAAGGCGUCACCGGAACAAUGAACGGACAAUACUCGUCGGCUGUAACCAUCAGGUGUGCGGCGUGUUCGAACAUUGUUUUUGAAUCAGGUUUUUCGAUUACCGGUGCCAAAGCCAAGGACGAAUGCAAGAACUUCCAACCUACUGGUUAUACGUGUAAAACAUAAUAUUGAGCAAUAUUGAA